AUGAAAGGGCCACCGGAGGGGCUGGAAAAGCCUCUCUGUAUCCUGCAGCACUGGGAGACCCAGUGUGGGCCGGGGCUGGAGCCAAGCUGUCUCGCCAGCCUCCGCAAAGGAGAAGGCGUACAGAUUCAGAUCAUCUACUUUAAUCUAGAAACGGUGCAGGUGACAUGGAAUAUCAGCCACUACCCCAGAAGUAACCUGACUUUCCACUACAAAUUCAAUCCAGAUGAGGCCUAUGACCAGUGCACCAUCUACAUUCUCCAGGAAGUUCACACUUCGGGGUGCCUCCUAGACGCAGAGCAGCAAGACGAUAUUCUCUAUUUCUCCAUCAGGAACGGGACGCACCCAGUUUUCACCGCCAGUCGCUGGAUCUUUUAUUACCUGAAGCCGAGUUCCCCGAAGCAGGUGAGCUUUUUGUGGCAUCAGGACGCGGUGACGGUGACGUGUUCCGACCUGUCCUACAGGGGUCUCCUCUAUGAGGUUCAGUACCGGAGCCCCUUCGACACGGAGUGGCAGUCCAAACAGGAAAAUACCUGCAAUGUCACCAUAGAAGACUUGGAUGCUGAGAAGUGUUACACUUUCCGGGCCCGGGUGAAGGCCAUGGAGGAUGUGUAUGGGCCGGACACAUACCCGAGCGACUGGUCAGAGGUGACGUGCUGGCAGAGAGGCGAGACUCGGGGUAAUGUUUGUUACGCAGCAGGGCCGCGUAACCUUGUCACCGGCCUGGAGUAGCCAUAGCCACCGACACUGUCCUGCCUUCUUGGGAGGUGGGAGGGAGGGUGUGUUUGAGCAGAGCAUGUGUCUGAGCAAGCUCAGUCUUCUCCAAUCCUCCAGGGCUCCAUCUGAAAGCAACAAGCAAUUCCGCUCCUUGCUUCGCUCCCUACCUGCUUUCACUCGGGCUAGUUUUCCUUCU